ACUACUCAAGGCGUUCGAAAAGAUCAUGCUGCCAAAGAAGUACGGUUCAACUGAAAGGGCAAACACUGGAGACUCGCCAACACCCAUUCGCUGCUACAACUGCAACUCUUUGGGCCACGUGGCAGGGGAGUGCCGCAAGCCCAAGCGCGAAAGAGGAGCGUGCUACGGAUGCGGCAGCAUGAGUCACCAGGUGUCACACUGUGACGAAAAGAAGAACAAGAUUGCCUCAUCGACUCAGGGAGCCCAAUAAGUUUUAUAAAGCUAU